CUUGAAUACCUCCAUCCAAGCUGCCUUGGGAUAUCAACUAUAAUCUUCACGCCCGUUCGACUCUGUCUGCAAAAAACUCAUCUUUGGAAUACAUCAUGGACACCACUCAGCCCAGGAGCUCCGGCACCGCCAGUUCGGGCCCUCCCCAGAGACCCAUUUCCAAAGCAGAAGCGUCCAAUCCCAGAGAGUUCCAGCUCAAUCAGCUCCGGCGACGCUUUCGCCCAAAGGAAACCGGCGAUGAAACAGGAACGACGGCGACUUUUGGCUUAUCGCCAUCCGAUCCUGACUUUCCCUUUGAGAUGGACAAACUACAAUGCAUUCUACAUGUCCCGCAAUCUUACCCCACUCAAGGACGUCCGACCCUCAGGGUCACAAAUGCCGAAAUGGGAAGCGCAUUCCAGGAGAAUGUUGCCAGAGGGUUCGACGACAUCGUUGACAGCACCAUCCGAAGCGGCAGUCGUGGGACUCUGCUUAGCUACAUGAACAGCCUAGACCGACAUCUCGAGCGUCUACUGACUACCUUGGAACGGGGCCCUACGCUCAAGUUUGUGCCUAACACGUCGGCUAGCAAACCACCACAAGCAGGAGAUCAGAAGCUGACACGAGGUAUGGCGUCGCUAGCUGUAUCUUCGUCAACAUCGCAGCCUCGAGCCCCAGGGCUGCCGACUCCAAAGCCCGCUCCGGCUCCGACUUACAGCGCGGAAGAGAAGGCUCAAGCGGAGAAGCGGAGAGCAGUCGAGACGAAACAGCUGGAAGCUCGCCUCGGGAGACUGUCCUCAUUUCAGAAGCUCAACGACGGUCUCGCUUUUCUCAUUCCUAUUCAGCCGGCCAAGGCUGAUCGGCUACCUGUCUCCCUUCGGUCUGUGAAAGCCGUUAAGCUGCAGGUGCCUCCUUUGUACCCGCUCGAGCCAAGCGCCAUUGAGCUGAACAGUAUUGAAGGCCCGGAAGCUCGGGCUGUUGAAGCUGGCUUCUCCAAGUGGGUUCAAGAGAAUCUCAAUCUGAACCUUAUGUCGCAGGUCAACUACCUCACGAGCAACAUGCUCAACUUUUCCAAGACACCAGUGGAAAACUCUUCUAUUCAAACUGCAGUACCCGAGGUUACUGAAUCUAGUCCAUUAGAAGAAGCUGCGACAAGGCCACCAGCCCCGGAAUCUAUAGCAACGGACAAACCACACGUUCAUGUUGUGCCUCGACCUCCUGAGUGGAACGUGGGCGGUGACAGCAGUGCUUCUGAGGAAACGGAUUUCACAGAGUCUGACGAGGAACCUACGGAGGAUGACGAAGAUGGGGGUGCUCCUGUUCCCGACCUUCCCGAGCCUACCAACGUCGAACGCGGUGUUGCCCUUUCAUUUCCUUUCUUGGAACUCUACGGAAUCGAGCUCUUGGAACUCGUUGGGCUUUACAUCACGGUGAAAUGCGAUCGGUGCAAGGAACCAGUCGACGUGAGAAACAUCCCCCAAGUGAAGGACAAGAAUGAUGAGCUCUCUCUUAAAGUGGAGACAUGCAAGAAAUGCACAAACACGAUGAGCAUGGGAUUCCGCCGACAAUUGAUGCAUCCCACCGCCACUCGAGCUGGCUAUCUGGACCUGGAUGGGUGUACGGUAGUUGAUCUUCUUCCCAGUAGCUUCAUUCCGACUUGCGCAGAAUGCUCAGCGCCGUUUCCUAACCCUGGAGUUGUGGCUGUCCGUGGCGAAAGCGCAAUGGCCAAUUGCCGUCAAUGCCACCGCAAAAUGGUUUUCAAGAUUCCGGAGGUGAAGUUCCUGAAAGUUGGAUCUGCUGCAUUCUCUUCUCGUGAUCGCCCUCCUCCCCGCAAGAAGCCCAAGGAAGUCCUCGGAAUCGUCGCGGGCCAAGAACUCCCCCGUCGCGGCCGUUGUUCACACUACGGCAAAAGCUAUCGCUGGUUCAGAUUCAGCUGUUGCGCAAAGGUUUUCCCUUGCGACAAAUGUCACGACGCAGCCACCGACCACCCGAACGAACACGCAAACCGCAUGAUCUGCGGCUUCUGCUCCCGUGAACAAAUCUACCGUCCCGAAAAUUGCGGGAUCUGCCGUGCCGUCCUGAUCGGUAAGGCCGGCAGUGGCUUCUGGGAAGGCGGCAAAGGCACCCGGAACAAAGCCUUGAUGAGUCGCAAAGAUCCACGCAAGUAUAAGCGCCGUGGUGGGACGACGCCCGGUGGUUCAUCGAAGAAGACUUAGAGGAUCAAGCUUUCGAUCGUGAAGCCUAUGAAUCAGGUCUACAGAGGCAGAAGGAGUAAGAUUCUGUAAUGAGAUGGGCAUGCAUAAGCUAUGCGCUUCAUUGAGCGGUUGCGCGCUUGCUUCCAAUCUGAUUUGGAGGAACUGCUGCAUAUGAUGCGGAAGCAUCUUUCUAUCGUUUAACCCCCCUCCUUUACGCUGUGGAGAAAGGGAAUGAAUGGAUUUACGACGACGCGUUGUGCGAGGGAAUAUUCCCUUACGGUUGAGACAUGUCUGAUUGUCCAGUUGCCAAUUGGCUGCAGCCGGGAGCUUCAUGGAAGGUUGUGCUCAUUCGGCAAUAGGCACAACCAACCAUAGCUGCCCAACAAGGUCUGUAACCUAGGAUUUUGGAACAUGCAUAUGUGGAGUUGUGUCAUGGAGAUGGGCAUUUGACGAAUGUCAGGCCUGUUUA